AUGACUGAUCAGUGUUCUGUCAUGGCUGCUGCAAUCAUGCAAGUAUUUCCAAAUUCAAAACAUAGGCUAUGUAUUUGGCGCAUUGGGGAGAAUUCAAAGAAGCAUAUCAAAGGAUUGAGAAUGCAAAAGGGUUUCAUAGAGUUAUUUAAUUUUCUGUUAAAGUAUAGUGAUACAGAAGCUGAAUUUAAAUUUUACUGGAACAGGAUGGUGACUGACUAUAAUAUUCAUAAGAAUGUUUGGUUAGAUAGAUUAUAUAAUAUUAGGGAGAAGUGGUGUCCUGCUUUUAGCAAACAGUAUUUCUCUGGUGGUAUUUUAUCCUCGCAAAGGAGUUUGCCAUCAAUGGCUAUGAAUUACGUGAAGUUACUUUCACAUGCUAGAGAAGUUUACAUUACUGAGAUAUACUUUUUAUUUGAGGAACAGUUCUUGAAAGGUUCUUCAUGCCAUCAAGAUUUGGUGGGGGUUAGUGGUGAGUUUAAGGACUUGGAUAUAUCAUGUAGGUGCAGGUUGUUUUCAGAGAUGUGUAUUUUGUGCUCUCAUUCUCUUCGCAUUUUAAAUAUUCACUGUGUUGCAACAAUCCCUGAUAAGUAUAUUCUUAAAAGAUGGACUAAAAGGGUUGUUGAAGACAGGACAGUAGAGAAUGUUUGUGGUGUUGCUUCAAGUGGUUGGGUUAUACAAAUUGGUAGAAAGUUUCAGCGGUUGGUUUUAUCUAGUCAAGACAAUUCUAAAGCUUGGGAAGCAUGUGAAGAUGCCUUUCAAAAUGCCAAGAUGAAGAUUGAAGCUGAAAUUGGUCCUAUUUUCUUUGAAGAUGGUGAACAAACCACAUAUGGUGUUAUACAAAAUCCAUCACGUAGUAGGCCAAAAGGUGAACGCAACAAACGGUUGAUUAGCACAAUAGAAAAGAAGUAUAAAUAUGCAAGAGGACGAAAGAAUUAUUCAAAGUAUGUCGAGUUGAAUACAAAGGCGACUGUGCAAUCAUCUGUUGCUAGAAUCUGUUUCUAG